CGGCCACAGGCGCGGGGCGCAGCGUGGCCCGGGGGGGCCGGGACUGCCCAAAGAAGGACAGGUCUGGGCAGGAAUGUGGUUGGGGCGCGGGCUGGCCACCCCCGAGGCCCCCGCGCCUCGCCUGCCCGGGGUAUAAAGCUGGGCGUGAUGGGCCCCGCCAGUGCCCUGCACCCCGGAGCAGACGCAGCGGCUGUGAGCACCCCCAAGAUGUCCAAGGCUGCUCCCAAGGCAGCCCCCCCGGCCCCCAAGGCAGCCCCCCCAGCAGCCAAGCCGGGCCCGAAGAAAGGGGCCACACCAGCCCCCCCGGGCUUCAGCCUCGACAUCAACGACCCGCAGGGGCAGAAUGCAGCCAUCCGCAUCCAGGCGUCCUACCGUGGACACAGGUCCCGCAAGGAGCUGAAGGAGAAGGGGCCGCCGCGAGUGCUGGAGGGGCUGAAGGACACAAUGCUGAUCGAGGGCAGUGCAGCCAAGCUGUCCUGCCGCAUCAGCGCCUUCCCCGACCCCUUCAUCCGCUGGUCCAAGGACGGGGUGGAGCUGAAAGAUGGCCCCAAGCACCGCUACAUCUUCGAGGACCCUGACAUCGUGGCUCUGGUGGUGCGGGACGGCGGCCUGGCCGACCUGGGCCGCUACACUGUCUCUGUCAAGAACCCCUUUGGGGAGUGCUUCGACUCCGCGCGCAUCCUCGUUGAGGUGCCUGCCAAAAUUGAGAAGGGGCCAGAGAGCACCAAGGCCAAGGUGGGCUCCAAGGUCAUGCUGACGGCGCUCAUCAGCGGGCAGCCGGAGCCCGAGGUGGGCUGGGCCAAGGACGGCCAAGACAUCGAGGAGGACAACCGGUGA